CUAUAAAGUGUCCCUAACGCCAGGGUUGACAGGAGCAACAUUCACAACAAGCCCUGGGCGACAAGAACCGGGGGAAGUACCUUGAGCUCUGAUUAAGGGGAAUAGGGGAAGACGAUGCCAAAGAAGAAGCACGGGGACCACGACAGCGACGAAGAAGACAUCUUCUAUUACCGCUAUGCUUCCUCUUCUGCUUCUUCAGCACCUUCCUCAAACACCACCAGAACCCUCAAGACUCACGGUGGCUCUGGUGGGUUAGCUCCCUCUAAAUCCACUAUCUACGUCUCCAACCUUGACUUCUCCCUCACUAACUCCGACCUCAACACCCUUUUUUCCACCUUCGGAAAGAUCGCCCGAGUCACCGUGCUCAAGGACCGAGUCACUCGCCAGAGCCGUGGCGUCGCUUUCAUUCAAUACGUUUCUCGUGACGAUGCACAAAAAGCUGCUCGUGAGAUGAACCGCAAAGUUCUCAACGGCAGGACCUUGACUGCUUCCAUCGCCGCGGAUAAUGGCCGGGCUCCGGAAUUUAUAAAGAAAAGGGUUUAUAAGGAUAAGAGUCGGUGUUACGAGUGUGGGGAAGGAGGACAUUUGUCUUAUGAGUGUCCCAGGAAUCAGUUAGGGCCCAGGCAGCGUCCGGUUCCCAAGCGCGAACGACAUGGCGGUGGCGGUGGCGGCGGGGGCGGGUACCAGCGGGCCGAGGAGGAUGAUGACGGAUCCGAUGGUGGGGAUCGGUUUGAGGAUGAUAAUUGGGCUUCUAUUGUGGAUAAUGGGGCGGAUGAAAGGUUGCUGACGGGUAACGAGAAGGUUGUGGAGAAGAAGAAGGCGAAGAAAGCAAGCUAUUUCAGUGAUGAGAGUGGUGAUGAAGAUGAUUGAUCUUUUGGGCAGAAACGAAUUGAGCAAUUCAAGAAUGACUUGUGGAACCUGUCGUCAUCAUUGCUGAUUUUAUCAUUGAUGGGCUCCAGCUUUUACGAACUGAUCUUAUCAGUGCUGCAGCACCUGUCACAUGUGGGCAAGCCAUGGAUGUGCCGGAUUUUACACUAUAUUGGGAUGGUUUCUUCCCGGCCGGAACGCUUCCUGGUUCAGAAUUUUGGGGAACCACUGCAGCUAGAAUGGCAAUUCCUGGAGCCAUAAUGUCAGGCUGAACAAUGGAGUUUUCAUAGUUAGUUAGGAAGAUGCCUUGUAAAUUUCAUGUUCUUAUGUAAUUGUAUAUCUAUUCACAAGUUAGUUUGCAUAUAGGGACGCAGUGGAAAAAUACCUUGAGAAUAUUCUCUGUUAGGCUUGAAGGACCUCUAGAUGAGAAAGAUGCAACAACUGGUGAAGAUCUAUAUCUAGGAGCUUCUGUUGUUGGAAGAAUUGUUGCAGUUGGAUUCCUGCCAUCGAGGCAUAAAUAGUGUUUUUCUUAACUAUAGUUAUUUCCUGUUAGCAUACCUUGUGCAAUCUAUAUUAAUUAUUUUACCCCUUUACACAACUGUUUAGACAACCAUCAUUUAGCAAGCAUGUUAUGAUUCUUCAUUA